UAAGAAAAUAGCAUAGUAAAUGUUAAAAUUGUGCAAUUUCAAUAAAAUAUGAAGGUGAACAAUGAUCGAUUCGAAUUAUGGACAAAGACCGACAUUAGUAAGACUCGUGCAACGUGCAGCUCUACUUGACUGCAAUAAUGUCACGAAAUAAGGAUAUAGACUAUGCUAUGGACCCCCACAAAUUCAUCAUUUUGCCAUUAGGCGUUUGGCCCUUGCAAAAAUAUAAUACGUUUGCUUUAAUCCGUUGUAUCGUGUGUGGCGUCAGUUUGGUACGUGUACUUACAAUUUUCAUUUUAUAUGUACCAAUAAAAUUUUUCUUCUCUUGUAUCUUCAACAUAACUGUGAUGAUGUCCGUCUUGUUCUUCGAAAUCGUUUACGGUGACGCCAGCACAUAUGAUAAACUCGAUGCUCUUAUGGUUAUGUUCUGCAACCUUCUGUCUAUACUAAAGUUACUGUCAUUCCGCAUAUACGCCAAAAACUUGAUUCGCAAUUUUUCUUCUGCUGUGGACGAUUAUCACGCAAUUGAUACUGAAGAGAAGCGUAUAAUCAUGCGGCGACAUGCUUACAUGGGGAGGAUGGUUUGCUUCAGUAUCAUGUCUUUCUCUUAUUUCGUUCCGUUAAUUUUUGUUUGGAUACCUUUGUUAUUAGAUAAAAAUAAUGAUAAUAAUAUCAAAGUCCAAGUUAAUGUAUCCAAAAAUCCAGCAUCGGAAUUACCAAUACCCUUAACAUGGACCUUAGGGAAUUAUGAAAUUUCUCCGGCAUUAUACUUGGUGAUAUCCUUCACGAUAUAUGUUUUAUUAAUGCUUACUUGUAAUAGUAAUUGCGGUAAUAAACUAAUUAUAAUAUCAAAUAAUCUUGCAAAUAGUCUCUCACAAGCUAGAAUAUAUUUUAAAAUUUAUAAAGGUAGUGAUGCAUUUUACGUUGCAAUCGUUCUUCAUGUUUGUGGACAAAUGGAACUCUUAAAAAUUGAUUUUACUAAUUAUGGCAUGGAAAGCAACGAUUUAAGCAAAGACUUUCUAAAAUUAGCGACUAGACAUCGUUAUCUAAUGGAACUUGCGGAACUUCUGGUAGAUGUAAUAAGUUUUGUUUUGCUCAUACAAUUGCUGUGCAGUUGUCUCAUUAUAUGUUUGAUGGGUUUUUCACUUAUUAUAGCAAUGAAAACGAAUGACGUAGCGAUGAUAUCUAAAACCAUAUCAGUUCUGAGCGCUCUGUUAUUACAAUUGUUCUUUUAUAGUUUUGCGGGCGAUUAUCUCAAGAGUCAAAUGGAAGAUAUCGCAAAUUCGAUUUAUACUUGCAAUUGGUACUACUUGCCAGCGAAUAUGAUGAAGAACCUUCUAUUCGUUAUCAUGCGGGCACAACAACCUGUCAUGUUGUUAGCUGGCAAAUUUUUCCUCGUAAACAUCGAGACUUUUAUGGUCAUAUUAAAAAGUUCGCUCUCGUAUUUAUCCGUUUUACGAGUGAUGGUGGACGCGUAAAUAUCGAUGAGAGAAAAA